AUGCCCGAGGAGAGUUUACCAUUGUAUAUGGAUGUUUGUAUUUCUACAAACAAAUUGCGGCAAAGAAGGGGAAGGAAAUGUUCUCAAGGUGGAGCUCUAGCAAGAGACCAGCAUUUGGACAAUGCGAUAACAUCCAUGCCUUCUCAUCUGAUUUACUCAUUUGCCAGAGUGGGAGGAAUGAAGACCAGAAGGCUGGUGUCCAGAUUUUCCUCAUCUCAAGGACCCGACUUUAGACAAGAGUCUGAAGCUAAGAGGAAGCUUGCCUUCUCAUCUUACUUGCUUGAAAGACUUAGCUUGUUGUCCGGGUGUGGUCUGUUCUCGUUACUAGAGACAAAGUUCCUGUUUGUCCUCCUAUUUGAUACAAUGCCAUUUCCAAUUCAAAAACUUUUCAGAUUUCGAGAAAGAAUGAAAGCUGUAGCAGAAAACAUAGGGCUGAGAUCUCUCCAAGAUGAUUUUGGGGAGGUUUGCCAAUUGACCUUAGUGAAAUCGAAAAAGAAAAACCCUUCCUCCAUUUCCUCUUUCCUCUACCCCUUCCUCCUCUCUCUACUUGUUCACCCGUUUUGUGUUUACUCCUAUGAUGGAAGGGCAAAGUUCCCCACUGCCUUGAGAACCAUAGACUGGUCAACAAGUCAGCUUUCUUUGGUGUGCGAGCGUGCCACUGCUAGUAAUGAAAAGUCUAGCAGACUUAGUCUGGAAUGGAUAACUUGCGCCCCAACUUCUGAGUGGGCAGAACUGCGGUUUCUUCAGUCUGAAAGGGUAGAAGUGGCUGUUCUUGAGGACGUUGGUGAGCUAGAGGCUAUUCCGUGA